AUGGAUCUGUCUCCAUUCAGCUGGUUGAGCAAGGGCCUCUGGUUCGGUGGUCCCAGCCAGGAGGCUCGACCGUACUACCUGACUGACCGCCUGCUGGCCUGCGUGUAUGAGGAGGACAGGGAGUCCUGGAACCGCUCCUCCCGCCUGUCCUACCUGUCAGAUGGUUACAAGCAGUACCUGCGGGAGCUGUCUGUGCAGCUCAAGGGCAUCCGGGAGAGGGGCGGGGAGGCCGGCCCCGGGGUCAAGGACCCCGCCGGCAUCCAGUUUGUGAACCUCAGCCCCGCUUGGAGGGACCCCGACGUCUACUCCUACUUCAACAACUCUGUCAUGGAGUUCCCGCUCAACAUCUGGGAGCGGCCCCCUGGGCUGGGUCUGUGCCCCCUGCACAUCCUGGUGACCAUCUGCAGCCAGAUGCACCAGUGGCUCAGCCUCUCGCCCGACAACCUCGUCGUGCUCCACGCUCGGACCUGCACCGGUACGGAGCGGCACCUGGCCACCUUCCUGGCCGCCUGCCACCUCAUCUUCUCCGCCGGGCUGGACAACGUCCGCCUGGCACUCGACUCCCUGCCCCCGCUGGGGGGGCGGCCCAGGGCCUCAAAGAGCCUGUUCGACGGCAAUCAAGAGAACGGCUUCAGGACAGCUGCCGCCCUGAACGCCCUGCUCCCCUCCCAGCAGCGCUUUGGCGGCUACCUGGCGGCCCUCCUGCAUGCCCCCCACACCCUCCCCCCCAACUCCGCCCGGCCCCUCCUGCUGAAGGGCAUCCUGGCCUCGCGCCUGGGCUGCCUGGACCCCGCGGGCGGGGGCAGGGCGGUGUGGACCCAGGGCGCCUCGCUAGACGUGCUGUCCGGCCAGGACGACACGCUCUCCUUCGAUGUCGGCCUGGUGGUGCAGGGCGACGUGACCCUGGCCCUCUGGUUUGCCGACCACGUGGGCGAGUGGGAGCCGCCCGCAGCCGCCUACUCCUUCCACACCGCCUUUGUCGAGGCGGGGGUGGUGCGUGUUACGGGGCUCAAGCUGGACCUGCCGGGCGUGGGGCCAGGCGCUGCGGCGCUGGCGGAGGCCGAGGGCUUCUUCAUGGACAUCAUGCUGGACGACGACAUCGUGCGCAUGGCAGAGGGGGAGGCGGGCGACCUGCACACCGACGUGGAGCGGCUGCGCGGCAGCUGGGAGGCGCUGAUCGACCAGACCGACGGCUUCCUGGGCUUCCGCCCCGUGCCCGAGUCGGGCAUGGACGACGUCAUGUCCCAGAUCCGGGCGGUGCAGUCGGCGCGCCUGCGCCCCUCCCAGAUCCCACGCACUCUCUUCCGCGAGGCGGGCGCCGUGUCGGCCGCCUCCAGCGCCUCCUCCUCGCCCACCGCCGCGCGUUUGCGCCGGGUGGGCCAGUCCCUGCUGGGACCGGCGGCCUCCAGCAGCGCCGCCAGCCUGGCCGGGUCCGAGGAGGGCGGGGUUGCCGGCGGGGAGGCGCCGCCAGGCAGGGGCGCUGCGAUCCAGAGGGGCAGCCCGGGGGGACCUGGCGCGCUGGGCACCCCCACCCCGCCGGCGCUGCCGCGGCGGAAGGGCUCCGGGGUGCCGCCCCCGCCCACGCCGCCGUCCACCCCCGCGGUGGGUGCCAAGAAGCUCCGCGCUUUCUACUGGGACACCAUGCGUCGCAAGCCUGGGAGCGUGUGGGAGGAGCUGGGGGAGGCCCAGCCACUGGAGCCCGUGGCGAGGAACACCCUGGAGCAGCUGUUUGAGGUCCACCCCACCGUGCCGGCUCGGGGCAGGGCUGGAGGGGCGGGGUCAAUUGGGCGUGGCCCCAAGGCCACCGGUCCCGUCGUCAAGGUGCUUCCCCUCACGCGUGCCAACAACGUCUCCAUCAUGCUGACCCAGUUCUCCACCUUUCCUGGAUUCGAGAGCAUUCGGACCGCGCUGCUGACCGGGUCGGGUGCUCUGGGGCUGGACCACCUCAGCCUGCUCAUGCAGAUCGUGCCGAGCGACGACGAGGCCAAGGCCCUUCGGGCCUACCCAGGCCCAGCAGAGGAGCUGUCGCCGCCGGAGAAGUUCAUGCUGGUCAUGAGCGACGUGCCGCGUGUGAUUGCCAAGGCGAGGAGCGCAGGGUUUCUGAUGUGCAGUGCAGUUAUCGUGGGGCAUGCCGGGGCUGCAUGCACGGUCGGCGCGCUCAUGUUCCGCCUCCAGUUCCGAUCGCUCUGCGAGGACGCGGCGGCCGGCAUGGCGGCGGUCAGGCUGGCCACAGAGCAGCUGCGUGCCAGCCGCCGCCUGCGCAAGGUGCUGGCGGCGGUGCUCGCCGCGGGCAACGCGCUGAACAGCGGCACGGCCCGGGGCGGGGCGGCUGCCCUGAAGCUGGAGUCCCUGCUCAAGCUGGCGGACGUCAAGGCCAGCGAGGGCCUGCUGGACUUUGUGGCGUGGAGUGUGUACCGCGGCGAGGGUGCGGAAGUCCGCGCCGCCACGCAAUACCUGGCCUCGGAGCUGGGCGCCCUGUCCGAGGCGGUGCGGCGCAUGCAGAGCGACGUGCAGGAGGCCCUGAGGGCCCUGCAGGGCGGCCUGGCCUCGGCGCGCAAGGAGCACGCCACAGAGGUGGCGGAGGAAUGCGCGGCGGAGGCGAAUGCCUCGCCCGCGGACUUCGCGGCUGUCCUGGGGGCCUUCCUGGCGCAGGCAGAGGCCCAGCUCGCCGAGCUGAGCGAGGCCAGCGCCGCCACCGAGCAGGAGGCGAGGCGCACCCUCGAGUGGCUCGGGGCCGGGGUCAACCAGGAUGCGGCCUCCGUCUUCGAGCUGCUGCACCGCCACGUGACGGCCUUCGACGCCGCCUACGCCACGGUGCACCGCCUGGCCACGCAGAAACGAUAG